AUGACAUCCUCAUCAAACCUUCAACAGCUCGUUGACGAAGUGGACGCCUGGGUGCUGAUUUACACUUUGGCGGCUCUGCUUGUUGUGUACCAUGUUGCAACAGCAGUGAUCAUAAAGAAGAAGCCAUGGAAGAUUGUUCCUGGCUGGCUUCCGGUUUUGGGACACUUUCACCUUGUAUGCAACACACACCUGUCGACACAAGUCCUUGAAGAAUGGGCCGAAAAACAUUCAGGAGAUGCCGGUUGUUAUGAGUUGGAUGUGGCGGGAAAUCGCUUUGUUGUGGUUUGCUCUUCAGAGAGAGCCAUGGAAAUCUUGAAGCAACGUCCAUACAAAGUUCAGCGAAAUCCAGCAUCAAACGAAGCCUCCAAUUCCAUUGGAGCCGCAGGAGUGUUUUCGGCCGAGGGAUCCACGUGGAAAGAAGAAAAGAAACUCAUUGCUGCAGCAUUCAAUCGCAAUAGCGUUAACGACUUUUUGACCAGCAUGAAGGGCAAUGCCAAGAGACUGGUGCAAAAAUGGAAACUUGACUUCAAUGAUGGCAAAGUUCAGCCAAUCAGCUUGGAUAUCAUCCAUAUGACCGCCAAUUCCAUUACAAUGGUUUUGAUGGACCGGGACUUUCAUUUUUUGGAAGACCCCGACUCCGAAAUGGCACACAGUGUCUUCGCCGCAUUGCGUGGGUUUAUUGUCAGGACAAUAAGUCCGGUUUGGUACUGGAGAAUCCCUGUCAUUGGACAGAGGCUGGAUGGCUUCUGGAAGAACAGUCGAUAUCUUGAUCAUGUCGCAAAUUGUGCCAUAGAUGACUUUGAAAGAAGCAAGAAAGCAGAACAAGACAACGUCACUGGCAAUGGCCAAACAAUGUUCUUGGGAAAGCUAUACAGAGCCAUGGAACAGGAAAAAUCCAAUCUAUCACGACAACGAGUAGUGGGCAAUAUGUUUACAGCCAUCGCAGCUGGAGUUGACACCACGUCCAAGACUCUCAUUUCCGCUCUCUAUUUGCUAGCUCAAGACAAGAGUCUACAACAAGAGCUUCGAGAACACGUGAAGGACUUUGAUAUGGAUGCCAAAUCUUCUACACUACAAGACUUACAUUCUCAAUUACCAAUGCUCAAAUCAUUCAUGCAUGAAAUCCACCGACAUUAUGGGGUCCCCUUUCUCAUGUUCAAAGUGGCUGAGGCAAUUCCAUUUUGUGGUGCAACUUUGGAGCCUGGGCAAGAUUUAAUGAUUCUAUUGCGAUACUUGUCGGUGAGGCCAGAUGCCACAGAUGUUCCCUUGGGACCCGACAAUGCUUCUCCCUCAGAAUUCUCCUCUCGGAGGUACCUGGUCCCAUCUGAAGAAGCGCCGAACAACGGCAGCAACCAGAAAUGGACAUGCCCAGGUCCAUCUGACAAAUUGACUGGGUUUCUCCCUUUUGGCCAUGGAGUUCGAAAGUGUCCGGGCAAACUAUACUCUGAAGCCUUGUCCCUUUAUACUUUGAUUAGAAUUCUUCAGAACUUUGAAUUUGAACUUGCCCCCAAUCACCCCCCAGUAAAGAUCAUCUUUGACUUGGUAAUGACUCCCGACAUCCCUAUUCAGCUCAAAUUGACCAAGCUGCAGUAG